CGACAGCGGAAAACAACGGAUUGCAGUCGAAACUUCGGCGUUUACCAUUGCAUGGCGCGAGAUGCAUGUACCUCGGCUUGGGACUGCUUUGGCUGUUCAGUGUGGCCAAACUGUUGUACACGUGCACUCAUGUGGGUGCGUACGCCACUGAGUUUGUCGCCAGCGAUGCCAUCCUUGACGCCUAAGAAAUUCGUGUUCAAUGUCCGCUGUGGUCGAUCGCUCCUCGUCUCCACGUUUGUAAAAGCUGCCUUAGUGUACCUGACAGUGCGAUGCAAAGAAGUAUUUGUUGCGAUCGUACACUGGGGCUCGUUUCAAGCUGGAAUCCAGGUUCAAGACGAGCAUGGAGCACUUGGAUCUCCAUUCUUUGCGAAGACGAAGAUGCUGCCGCGUGACGUCUCUGUCGACUGUCGUGACCUCGCUUGGAUAGACUCGUGGCGACUGACGGAUAACAGGCUGAAAGGCUCUCAAGUUGACAGUCUCAACUUCCUCGAGUGCUUCACUAUCCAUCGCGGCUGGAUCCGAUGCUUCUUCCAGAGCCGUCGUCCGCCGUCCCGUGCCGCUUGUCUGGAGCUCAAGCACUUCGUUUCGAAGGACGCGUUGCUCUUGGUCCUGUUUCUCUCACGCUUUCCCAUGGUGUCUCUAACUCACAAAUGCGCGAUGUCAGAACAAAGCCCGAGCGCGUUGAAGACAACUCCGUGAUGGCGGCGCGCUCAAGUUGAGUUGAGCCAUCGAAAAUGCCCGCAAUCGACCCAGCUAUCCAGCGCAGUCCGCUCUUGUCGUCGCCUUCUCGACGAUUGAUUCGGAGCCUCUCCCAAGUGUAGAACCUACACUGCAGAUGUACUGCAGAGCUGCAGAACGUGCCUACACGUACUAAAUAAUACUUCAAGUAUGCGUAUUGUCAGUGUUGAUGCGAACUGCUCACGCUCAAUGUGGCGAUGCACUGCCGCCUCUCCAAUUACAGGCUUCGUCUUCACCAGCUUUUAUCGCGUCGACAAGUGUUUUGUGUGUCGUGUAGGGCGGAAUGGUGUGCCGCUUUACAAUGA